AUGUCUUUACAUCUCAUCACCAGGCCGAGGGUUGAGCCUCGAGGAGUGGGGGUAUCGGCCCAGGACCGGUUGUUGUUCCAGGAUCUCUUGAGUACGGCAAACUUGAGAGUUCCCAGCUAUCACAUUUACAUCCCUGCACCUGCCCUGCUCUAUUUGUGCUUCUCAUGGCUAUAUUGCUCCCUUUCAAUAACUUAUCCCAAUUACCUUUAUGUUCAACCCACGUUUCAACUAAUUGUAUUUUUUCAAAGCUUUUCUAAUUGUUUCAACUUGUGGGUUUCAGCCUCUCUUUGUGUUUUUUAUUGUAUAAAAAUUGCCAAUUUCAGGAACAGGUUCUUCAUCUCCCUGAAAGUAAAAACAGACAGGAUUGUGCCCUGGCUUUUGUUGGCAUCAUUGCUUUCAGCCUUGGCUAUCGGCAUUACUGCCUAUGACAUAGCUGUUACAAAGCUCAGUAUUGACCACAAUUCCACUGGGCAAGGAAUUUUUUCAACAGUCAGUGUCCAAAUGGAUGAAAAUUUUUUUCAGAUAUAUUUUAUCUAUGGCUUUGGAUUUGUCACAUCGUUUGCAGCAGUCACCUGUUCUGCCCUUCUCCUUCUUUUUUCUCUCUGGAAACACAAAUGCAAGAUGCAGAAAAAUUCCAUGAAGACCCUCAGCAUGGAUGCCCACAUCAAAGCCAUGAAAUCUAUUCUCUCCUUUUUUAUAAUGUAUAGUAUUAACUUCAUAGUUUUGAUCCUGUCACUCAUUCCUUCAACAAAGGAAGAAAAUCAUGUGGCAUUUCUUAGUUUACUAUUUUUGUAUGCUUUUCCAGGUGUUCAUUCCCUUAUUCUGAUUUUCAGCAAUCCCAAGCUGGAAAAGACACUGGUAAGGAUUCUAUCCUGUGUCAAGUGGAAGGAUUGCAUGAGGUAG